GGAAUGAUUUAGAAAGGCCACAAGGGAUAUUUUUUGCAGGAGUGGUCACCCUCUGAAUCCAGGCAAGGAAGGGGAGGAGUCUGAGCCGUGUCCCGCCCCUUCUCCAGUAAACUUCUGUCGUUCCAGCUUUGGCGGCAGUAGCGGCUGCACACCCGAGCUUUCCCCAUGGUUUCGGUGACCAGAUCCGUGUUUGGAGACCUGCCCUUGGGGGCAGGGACAGUGGAGAAGUUCCAGCUGGAGUCAGACCUACUGAGAGUGGAUAUCAUCUCCUGGGGCUGCACCAUCACGGCCCUGGAGGUCAAAGACAGGCAGGGCAGAGCCUCAGAUGUGGUGCUCGGCUUUGCCGAGUUGGAAGGGUACUUCCAAAAGCAGCCCUACUUUGGAGCAGUGGUUGGCAGGGUGGCCAACCGAAUUGCCAAAGGAACAUUCACGUUGGACGGGAAGGAGUAUAAGCUGCCCAUUAACAACGGGCCCAACAGUCUACAUGGAGGAAUCAGAGGCUUUGAUAAGGUCCUCUGGACCCCCCAGGUGCUGUCAAAUGGCGUCCAGUUCUCUCGGGUCAGUGCAGAUGGUGAGGAAGGUUACCCUGGAGAGUUAAAAGUCUGGGUGACAUACACGCUGGAUGGCGGGGAGCUUGUGGUCAACUAUCGAGCCCAGGCCAGUCAGACCACACCAGUCAAUCUGACCAACCAUUCUUAUUUCAAUCUGGCAGGCCAGGGUUCCCCGAAUAUAUAUGACCAUGAAGUCACGAUAGAAGCUGAUGCUUUUUUGCCUGUGGAUGAAACUCUGAUUCCUACAGGAGAAGUUGCUCCAGUGCAAGGAACUGCGUUUGACCUGAGGAAGCCAGUGGAGCUUGGAAAACACCUGCAGAAGUUCCACAUCAAUGGCUUUGACCACAAUUUCUGUCUGAAGGGAUCUAAAGAAAAGCAUUUUUGUGCCCGGGUCCGUCAUGCUGGAAGUGGGCGGGUACUGGAAGUAUACACCACCCAGCCUGGGGUCCAGUUUUACACGGGCAACUUCCUGGAUGGCACACUGAAGGGCAAGAGUGGAGCAGUCUAUCCCAAGCACUCCGGUUUCUGCCUCGAGACCCAGAACUGGCCUGAUGCAGUCAAUCAGCCCCACUUCCCUUCUGUGCUGCUGAGGCCUGGGGAGGAGUAUGACCACACCACUUGGGUUAAGUUUUCUGUGGCUUAAGGAAGUGUAAAGAAACGACCUGCUCCAGGGCCAGGCUGGGAGGCUCUACAGCAGCCUGUCUCCUGUCCAGAAAUGAGAUGAAGAUUUAGAGGCUUUAAAAGUGAUCCUAUGAAUUAAAAUCGUACAAAUGGUAGCUGUCAUGAUAAUCAAUCUGAAUAGUGACUUCCUUUUCCAGUGACUGGCUCCAGGCUGGAUCUAAUCACCAGCUCUGUUUUUAUUCUCUGUGUAGUUAAGAGGACCCAGCCACCAAUGUCAUCAUCUAAGCCCUGACCCUAGCCCAGUGGUAUCUGGGCCCCUGGGGUUGUGUUGGCUCCACCUCUCCACCUGCCUCUUUCUUUUCUACUUUUCACACUCCUUUCUUUGAUCCCACUCUCAUUCCUUUUCUUUUUCCUCCUCCUCUACCUCAAACCACUUAGCCCUUGUGUAACACUUUGGAGUUUUUAAAGGUCACAUUACCCCAUUCAACAUGCUGGCAAUGGACCUCUCUGCCUUGACAAGGCAGUAGAUGAUUGAGAAGUGAGGGAGCUGAGGCUUAGAGAGGGUAAAUGACACACCUAAAGGCACACUGCUAGGAAAAAUUUUAGCCAGGACUUGAGGUUAGGUCAUGCGAAUUCAAGUCCCCUUCUUUGCUUCCACUUCAGUCUGCCAGAGCAUUCCUCGAGUCGCUGAUGGGCAAAGGAGGGUCUCACCUUUACUCUGCUAGAGCCAGCCUUUCUUCCCAGAUUGAUUUUUAU